AGACUUACUCCUCAAAGGUAGGCGCCAUCUGUACAAGACGGGUUUUGGGGUGCUUUCUUAGAAAGUGAGAACCGGAAACGCUUAUACUAGACAUAUAGACAUAGUUCUGAUCGAAAGAAGGGAGACUCAAAAAGUCAGACGAGGAGGUGCGGGGUCAUGCAGCAAAACCUACGUGCAACGCAUUCACUGGCCGUUGAAGGCAGAUUGUGUACCACAACAUUAUUGUUACAUGCAGAGGCGUCCAACAGUGUUUGUUGCUGGACUUUGCCGCCUGCACCUUGCCGCGGAACCUCGAUCGCUAAUGCAAGUGACUUAAGCCAGUGCCUGCAGAGAGCAGGGUUAGCGAGUUUGAGAGGGCGCCUCAAACAUCGGGUACGGACCAUUUUCCUCGCAGCUUGUAUUGAACAUUUGCUUGUUCUACUCAUCGACCUAAACCAGAAGGUCGUAUCCUACAGAAUAACACAGAAAUAUGGACUGGGCCCGCCACACCACUUCAAACAGAAUUGCAAACCCGGAAUGGUACUAGAAAGACAAUUUUCUGCCCAAACAAGACAUACAUAUGGUAGGUAGCGUCUACAAACGCUGAUGAAUUGAAAAUAAACACGAGAGAACAGGACAAGUCCGCAGUCCCCAGGCAUGCAGCCGAGGACCUCUGUUGGACACAACCCUGGUCAU